GCCAUCGUCAGCAUGGUCAACGACCACACCGUCUGGAAGGGCAACAAGGAGGUCCUGGUGGCAGCACAGUUCAGCUGGAUCCAGAGACCGUGGGAUGAUCCACGGGUCCUUCUUCUGGGAUACAUCGUCACACAGAUUCCCGGAGGUUUUAUAUGUCAAAAAUAUAAAGCUAACAAAGUGUUUGGCUUUGCCAUAGUGGCCACAUCCACUCUCAACAUGCUGAUUCCAUCUGCUGCUCGUACACACUACAGCUGUGUCAUACUAGUCAGGAUAUGCCAAGGCCUCGUCGAGGGCGUAUCUUAACCAGCAUGCCAUGGGAUCUGGGCAAAUGG